AUGUCCAUAUCGUCAAGUUCCCACUUGAACAAAGGCACAAAGCAGAUGUACAUGUCCCUGCCUCAAGGUGAUAAAGUCCAAGCUCUGCAUAUCUGGAUUGAUGGUUCUGGAGAAGGACUGCGAUGUAAGACCUGGCCUCUGGGCAGUGAGCCCAAGAGUAUAGAAGAGUUGUCUGAGUGGAAUUUUGAUGGCUCUAGUACUAUGCAGUCUGAAGGCUCCAACAGUGACAUGUAUCUUGUUCCUGCUGCCAUGUUUUGGGACCCUUUCCACAAGGAACCCAACAAGCUGGUGUUCUAUGAAGUCUUAAAGUGCAACCACAAUCCCGAAGAGGCCAAUUUAAGAUCUACCUAA